UCUGGCUUCUACACUUGCACGGUGAACAUUGAGCCUUAAAGGAAAAAGAAAAGAAAAAAGUUUGAAGUGAGUGUGUGCAUGAGCAGUGUGGAUGAAAAGUGAACCUAAAUCUUGAAAAGUUGAGCAAUCCCGAAACAACUGCUCUGAAGUGACUGACAUCCACCAAAUAUAUAUAUAAAAGAAGGAAAUUUUAUUUUUGUGCUCUCAUAGCAAGGAUUUAAAUUGACCUGGCUCUGAAUAUUUUGAAACGAUACCACCAAACAGUUUGACACAAAUGUCUGGAGUUCAUAUCAGUACCGUCAAGAUGCACGGAGCAUUUACUGCAACACUACUAACUUUAUUCUGGACACCUUUACUAGCUAUUCCAAGCAAAGUAACCAGCAAUGAUGUUUACCCAGAGAAAAUUGAUCCCAGCACUUCAUAUCUGCUGCCAACUGGUGAACUUCCUUCAAAAGACCAAUCGUUCUCCUUGGAUGUAGCAAGAAAUAUGGGUCAAGUGACAGAUUUAAGGGAGUUCAUCAUGAAGUAUGUACAAGAUCAACGGAUAUGCCAAUCGAAGAGUAUGCGCAACCUCAUCCUUGGCGAUGGAGAGAGUGACCCAGAAGCAAACAUUUGGUGGGCUCGGCGAUGUGGCCGCCGCACCUCCACCUCUUUCAAGCAAACCAACAGAAACUUGCCAGAAAGUACGUUGAUCAGAUACCGUCGGAAAAGCUCGAACAGAGACAGUUCCCAACAUAGUCUGUCCAUAUCUAAAAAAGAUCAAAAGAAACUCCAAGCGCUCCUGAAGAACAAAAAGAUUAAGUGCAACCCAAAGAAGGCUGUAGUAGAACUUCCUAAUGAAGACUCUCACCUCACAAUAUUAAAACCCUCCUGCGUCUAUAUCAAGCAAUGUGGUGGAUGCUGUGAUUCUCCUCAUCUGGAAUGUCGUCCAACAGGAAACAAGACCAGGAAGUUUAAGGUCUUGGAACUGAGGAAAAUGGAGAAACCAGGUGCUCUUGAAUUUUCAAACAGGCAGGUCCUCAAGACUAUCAAGGUCACUGAACAUACAUCAUGCCAGUGUGAAUGCAAGGAACGGGAGGAACAUUGCAGUCCGCAUCAGAAGUAUGAUCCAGACUCUUGUAGGUGUUACUGCUCCCCUGAAAUUGACAGAAACUGCUCUGUUGGCAAGGUUUGGGAUGAAAAAAGAUGUGAAUGUGUGUGUAGUGAUGUCUCUGAAUGUACAACAGGAAGAUACUUCGACACAGACACAUGCAGGUGUGCAGAUCCUCCACGUUAGAUAGCAAUCAGCACCUAACAUUGUAGUCCUGCCUCACAAGUGUCUUUUUCCUCGGAUGUGUUUUCAUUCUCUCCGGAGAGUUGGUGCGGAACCCCUGCAUACAGCCCAGGGCCCACUUUCCCUUACAAUGAAUGGUGAUGGGAUCUAUUCAAGACUCAAUCAAGGCCAUUACAGAAAUUAACCCUGCCCUACAAUCUUGCCAUUCCAACUAACAUUAAAAUGUAACCAUCUUCAACAUUCCCACUAAUCCUGAUACCCUUUCCACCUCUUCAGCCAAUGCAUCCGUAAUCUUUACCUUCAAAAGAACCUAAGUGAGACAAUGAUACAGUAACCAAACAUUGCAUUUUAUACCAAAGAAUUUUACUCUCAAAUCCACAUUCCACAUCCUAGCUAACUGCAUGUUAUCAUACCAAACUGAAUUGUCUCUUGGAACAAUGUAUACUACAACCAUCCAUUAUGUAUCUACAUGUGUAGGCUUAUCUUCAAGUACCUUCCACCCAAACAAGUAACCAAAAUGAAAUACAUUCUCAGCAAGUAGUAAUGACUGUCUUCCUGGGCUAUACAUAGUACAUGCAACUAACCAUUCCCAGUCCAUGUAGAUCCCCAUGUGACAUGUCUCAACCUGUUUAUUCAUCGUGGCGUCCGAAUCCCGCAUGGCUUACAAAGGGCCAAGAACGCCCUGGAUGUUCCGUGUUCACCCACACUUUGUCGUUGUCCCCUUCCAGAUGUCUGAAGAGGAAUUGAAUCGCAUUCCAGACCUCCAUGUUGAGAGAGUGAGUGAUUCCAGAAGCUUCCAGCGACACCCCCACGCACCACAGUUCACAUUCAUCCAGUCUUCGGAAUCAGCUGGUCUUGCCGAAGAUGAGGAUGAUCAUGAUGACGAAAUGCACACAAACACACACACGAAAAAAAAAAAAUAAAAAAAGAA